UCGCUAAGGAAAAAAAAUAUGAAACACGUGUAAUUAAAACAAGGAUUACCCUAGCUUCCCCUCCCUUUUCUACUUGAAGAACUUUCCUGGGUUGGGCCUCUCCAAAUUAACCUCGGCACUGGGCGGUCCGUGUCCCUGCCGUGGAAAGCUAUGCUUUUCAAAGGAGAAAGGGAAAGGACGCAAAUGAAAGGGGAAACUCCGUGCAGUCGCAUCCAGCCAUGGUACUGAUGACCGAGGCGCCGCAGAGCUUUCUGACUCCGCAGUCCACGCCGGAGGAAGUUAAAACUAUCAAAUCGCUCAAGAGAGAUGCGAAAACGAUACUCUCAAAUUCUGAAGCAGAGAACGGCGGAGAUGAGAAGCCGAGGAAGAGCGGGAGGCCUGGUACUGACCAGCUGCUGUCGGUGGACCCUGAAUCGGACGUCUCAGAAAGCAAGAGGAAAACGCCUCUCAUGAGGUCAAAAAUUGUUGAGCAGGCAUUGCUAUUGCAAAGUCCAAGUGACGGUGAAACGAAGCAGGACAAGAAGAAAUCCCAGUCUAGCCAGUUUUCUAAGACAAAUGAGCAGUAUCACAAACUUUUCAAAGAGGUCAGCAAAGAUGAACUGCUCAGCCAGAGUUACACGUGUGCCUUGCAAAAAGACAUUCUCUAUCAAGGAAAGCUGUACAUCUCUGAUAACUGGAUCUGCUUCCACUCAAAGGUCUUCGGUAAAGAUACCAAGAUUGCUGUCCCAGUGCGAUCCGUGACCCUUAUUAAAAAAACGAAAACCGCCAUCUUGGUGCCCAACGCAAUCGUUAUUGCAACCGCGCAGGAGCGGCACAUGUUUGUGUCAUUCCUCUCCCGGGACACUACCUACAAAUUCCUGAAGUCCGUCUGCCUUCAUUUGGAUGGACCGAAGGCGGGAAGUAGUCCACUCCCUUCCUCAGCGGACAGCAGCUUCCGGGCUGCCCGGCCCUCAUCACUUCCUCUGGACUUUUCUGGGGAUUUCUCUGACCUGGAUGGGACAGUGAGGCAGAGGAGACACAACAUGCUGGAGAGCAGCAGCUCUGGAUCCCAAACCCCGGAUUACGAGAAAAUGGAGGAGUUCCCCAGGCUGUCUCAGAACUUCCUCGGUUCGCCAAAGAAUGGGGAGGUGGCGGCCCACGCAGACAGUCCCCACCAGAAGACCACGGACCCAAAACACGGGCCACUCCGGAAUGGUCAGACCAAGCCGGUGGGGGCCGUGCAGAAAGCAAAGCAGCAGCAAUCCGUGUCUUUGAACACUCUUCUCCUCAUCUAUUUGUUCUUAGUUUGUAUCCUGGCCUUGUCCUCAUGCUACAUGGCCUUCAAGAUCGUGUGUCUGGAGCAGCGUCUUAACUCACUGGGCUCUCUGGGAGAGUAUUCACACAAUGAAAAUAUGUUGCACCACACAGACCAGCUGGAGGUCGCUAAUGCAGAAAUAUACGGGGAAUUGUCCACCAACCUGUUCAAACUAGAAAAGGUCCAGAGAAAUCUGCAAAAGUUGCUGGAGGAGACAUGAGCGGUUCCGGAACCGUCCCGGAACCACCACGCAGACCAGGACCAAUCCUGUUGCUGGACAGAACCUGCACCAUAACAACGAACGAGGGGAAAAAACAAACACUACAAUACCUUUAUCUAGAAUGCAAGGGUUCUUAAUCGUGCAAUAAGGUUUUCCUUGUUUUUGCAUCUUCUCAGGACCUUAACUUCCAAAAAUGUUCAUGUGAUGGCCCCAUCUUAAUGAACAAAUUCAAGCACUCUUUAAAUGGCGGAGAAGUGAGGGAGCGCUCUACUUCAACGCCUGGAGGAGGUCCCACGUGUGGGGUUGAGGAGAUAUUUAACCAGGUUUUAGCCAAUGGGAGGAAGCCUUAUGUAAAUUGGAGCAUUGUCUUAGCACUGGGGUGUGUUAAGUCCUUUGCCCAAGGGUUCUCCUCCUGUCUUCCUUCUCGCCCCAGUCUGCCCAAAUACGGGGGUGAAUAUACAUCGUCUGAAUCCGUGCACAGUUCGGAGUUCCGCGCAACUGCUGGUGUUGCAGGUGAUGCUCAUCCUCCACUACGGAGCUGUAUCCUAGGAACCCGACUGAUGGAGAGGUGACCAGAAACUGCCGUAUUAUCAGCAAUAGAUGUUACUCUUUUAUUUUACUUGGAGAGUUGCUGCCCACCCUUCCCCCCCCAUUAGGCCCGGCUUCAUCGUGGGUCCUAAUGGAACUAUUUUGUUCUUUUCAGGCUGUUUAACUGAGUUGCGCUUUUCCUCUCUGAACAGAGUGAGAAAAGUCAAUUAUGUACCCACUGGGAUGGAGUCAUUUCAAACAGUUUGUAAUUAAGCAGUUUCCAGACUGAUUUCUGUGAAAUGUUUCAAAAUAAGUGAUCUGUUUCAUGUAUUUAUUUGGUUCAGGAAGCUGAAUUUGAGCUCUAUGUGUGGGUGAGAUACAGAAGGUGUGCUUGUGCCUUGCUGGAGCAAAGCCUUAUGUUGCGUUGAGUGCCUGGGUUCUCAGUGUGUGUUGUGGAUGUCCAGCUUUCAUUCCUGGCCUGAUUCCUAUUCCUGGGGUCUAAAAGCUCCCCUUUUCUCAUAGAUGUGUGUGUAAUAAAUUGUUUGUGAUGAAUGGCCCUUUUCGGGUGGCAUGCCGACUCCGAUUUCACUUCUGUAACCAACACAAUAUAAUGGAUAAAACUAGAAGCCUUCCGCUGCUACUGAAACCCUGCUCCUAUUCCGAAUUCAUAGUUCAUUUUGAACACAUGCAGAAACACCGUUGCCUAUAUUCCUGUUUUACACAUUCAUACUGCCCAUUCGAAGGACAUGCGCUCACAACCUGAAGAA